GGGAGCUGCAGCCGCCGCUUCAGCAGUUUGAAUUUCAGUUUCUACAGGGCCUGCGAACCGGGCGCAUCGAGGAAGAGUCGAAGAAGCUACCGCCGCUACCUCACACAGCCGGCGCGCCGUCGCUUGCCGGCCUGCCGGCCGCCGCCCCUCACUCUCUCAGGAGCCUCGAGGGGAAGGCCGAGACCGCCGCCACCGCCCGCUCGCGGGGGUGGCUCCCCCUGUAUAGGGGAGGACCGAGCCGGCUUUCCCCUCCCCCGGAGCAGGUUUCCGCCUGAGACAGUCGACAUGUCCCUGGGACUGAGCUCCGGCUAGAGCCGGGGAGGGAGGGCCGCCCGCCCGCGCCGAAGCUCCGCCACCCGCCCGCGGCUCCUGGCUGAAUCAGGAAUCCCUGGCUCCGGACUCGCCACUCUUACUCCUGCUUCCCUCGGCGUCCGAGAGCCCGGAGCUGACGCCGGCACUGGUUCGAAGAGCCGGAGCGGGGCAGCACCGCCCCUCACGCCGCCGCCGCCUCCCCUUCGCCCUCCCACUCCCACCCCCAGCCUAGGCCUGUUGACCGCGCGGAGCUGGAUUGACCACGGCGGCCCGAAGACGCGAGGAGGAAGCAGCCGACCCGCCCCUGGGAUAGUGGUCUCGCCGCCACUGGGGGGAUUGAAUUGAGGCGCCGCGACUGCGGGAGGCGAGAAGGAAGGAGAAGCCGCCGCACGAGUGAGACGGGGGCAGAGCGGUAGAGACCGACUCGGAUAAGGAAACGGGAGGAGGAUGUCUCACGGAGAGACCGGCGCCCGGAUCAGCCCGUGACUCUUACAGCGGCGGGCCUCAGACCCCAGCACGGACACGGACUUUGUCUUUGGGGGCCAGUGUUCUGCCCUUCCUGGUUUCCGGCAAGAUCGCGGAGGAGCCGGGUGCCUCUGCCCUUCCAGCCUUCCUCACCAUGUCCAAGAUGCCGGCCAAGAAGAAGAGCUGCUUCCAGAUCACCAGUGUCACCACGGCCCAGGUGGCUACUAGCAUCACCGAGGACACCGAGAGCCUGGACGACCCGGAUGAGUCACGCACGGAGGACGUUUCUUCCGAGAUAUUCGACGUUUCUCGGGCCACGGAUUACGGCCCCGAGGAGGUCUGCGAGCGCAGCUCCUCCGAAGAGACACUCAACAAUGUUGGGGAUGCGGAGACUCCCGGAACCGUCUCCCCCAACCUUCUCCUGGACGGACAGCUGGCGGCCGCGACAGCUGCUCCGGCCAACGGAGGAGGAACCGUUUCGGCCCGGAGCGUGGCCGGGGUGCUGGCCAGCACCCUGUCGCCGGCCGCCCCCUCAGCCCCCUCCUCGGGGGCCCCCGGCGCCCCCCCGGUCACAGGCCCGUCCGCCACGCCGGGAACUGCCGCCUCAUCACAGCCCCCCACCGCUUGUAGUUCGCGUUUUCGCGUGAUCAAGCUGGACCACGGCAGCGGGGAGCCUUAUAGACGCGGCCGAUGGACGUGUAUGGAAUACUAUGAGCGGGAUUCCGAUAGCAGCGUCCUGACCCGGUCCGGGGAUUGCAUUAGGCACAGCAAUACUUUUGACCAGACUGCGGAGCGGGACAGCGGCCUGGGCGCCACCGGAGGGUCGGUGGUGGUGGUGGUGGCCUCCAUGCCAGGCGCGCACGGGCCCGACUCGGGAACUGACAGCUCCUUGACUGCUGUGUCACAGCUACCCCAGUCGGAGAAAAUGAGCCAACCCGCCCCGGCCCCGCCGCAGAGUUUUGGCGUUGGGCAGCCGCAGCCGCCGCCUCCGCCCGUAGGUGGGGCUGUGGCUCCAAGCUCGGCUUCGUUGCCGCUGUUCCCGGGAGCCGCGGCCGGGCCGCCGCAGAGGUUGGCAGCCCCGCCGCCCAGCCAGGCCCAGGGCGCCGGGCCACCGGGGCCCAACGGACAGGGCCUGCCACUGACGAAUGUAACCCUGGCGCAGCCCGGCCUGGCCGUGGGCGCUGCCACCGCGCCCCCGCCCCAGCAGUUCGCGUAUUCUCAGCCUCAGAUGCCGCCGGGCCAUCUGCUGCCCGUCCCGCCCGCCGGCCAGAGUGAGUACCUGCAGCCGCACGUGGCCGGCCUGCAGCCGCCCAGCCCGGCGCAGCCCUCUUCCGCGGGCGCGGCAGCGGGUCUCGCCGCGGCCGCCGGUCUCCCCGCGGGCACCGGCCAGAACGCCGCCUCCACUGGCGCGCAGAUGAUGGGUGCGCCCUCCUUGUCCGGAGAAGCGGUGGCCCCUGGGCUGGGCCCCGCGCCCGGAGGACCGGCCGCGCCGGGUCAGCCGGCCGGAGUGCCCCCGGCUACUGUGGGAGGCACGGCGCCAUCGGGCCUGGUUCCCACCGGGGUCGGGCAGCCGCAGGCCGCGCCUCUGCCGCAGAUGGGUGGCAGCGGCGCGCCGUCGGUCGUGCCCGGCGGCCCUCUCGCCGUGGUGCCCGGAGUUGCCAACGUGCCUGCAGCCGCGCCCGCUCCCAGCGUGCCUAGUGUGUCGACGACUUCUGUUACUAUGCCAAAUGUUCCCGCGCCCCUGGGCCAGGCGCCGCAGCUUUGCAGCCAGCCUCCGGUCAGCAGGAGUGGCAGCAGCAUCCAGCACGUGGGGCUGCCCUUAGCGCCUGGCACAGCCAGUGCCCCGACGAGUCUACCGCAGUCUGACCUGAGCCAGUUUCAGACUCAGACCCAGCCUUUAGUCGGGCAAGUUGACGAUACUAGAAGAAAAUCAGAACCCCUACCUCAACCACCACUUUCUCUCAUUGCUGAAAAUAAGCCUGUUGUGAAGCCUCCUGUUGCAGAUGCCCUGGCAAAUCCCCUUCAAUUAACACCUAUGAACAGUCUCGCCACCUCUGUAUUCAGCAUAGCUAUUCCUGUUGAUGGUGAUGAAGACAGGAAUCCUUCAACUGCUUUCUACCAAGCGUUCCAUUUGAACACGGUUCAGGAAUCAAAGAACCUCUGGGAUAGUGCAUCUGGGGGAGGUGGUGUAGCCAUUGACAACAAAAUAGAACAAGCAAUGGAUCUGGUGAAAAGCCAUUUGAUGUAUGCAGUAAGAGAAGAAGUGGAAGUUCUAAAGGAACAAAUAAAAGAAUUAGUUGAAAGAAACUCUUUACUUGAACGAGAAAAUGCACUGUUAAAAUCUCUUUCAAACAAUGAUCAAUUAUCCCAACUCCCAGCCCAACAGGCCAAUCCUGGUAGCACUUCUCAACAGCAAGCAGUGAUAGCACAGCCUCCGCAGCCAACGCAACCUCCACAGCAGCCGAAUGUCUCCUCAGCAUAAAGCUUUCUUGCCUCAUUAAGAAAAAAACUGAAAGCAAUCUAUCCUUGUGUGCCACUGGUGUUCUUUCCACUUUAUACGAAAGCAAGUAGCCAUGCUUCAGUUGUGUGUUUGGCCCUUUCAGUAUUAGACAAUCAUUCUACAAGAGCUUUUCCUCUCUGAGAUGUCAUGCAGCGCUGUUGGUGUCCAGUUUCUGUCAUCAGUACACAAGGAGAGUAAUAGAUGAGGUGUAUUAAAGUGAGCAGAGUUUGCAUUUUACCUGGUGCACACGAGUAGGGUCUUUUAAGAGCUUUGGUGGCUCUCCCAUGUUUCCUAUUACCCAUGGAUUUACCCUGAGCCUUUCUAUCAUAUUAUAAAUAACAGUUCAUCUAAAGAGCCACUUUUCUUUCAAUAUCAGUAACAUUUGCCUACAUAAGUUUUCAUUUAUUUGUGUUUUAUUUAUUACAGGGCUGCUAUUUUCAUAAUGUACAUGAACAAUGUCACAGAACUUUUUUAAUUUUUUUGAAUAAUUAUAAGUAUCAGUAAAGGAAUUGAAAGACAGGAUUGCAUUUAAUAGAUAAAACGUUUAGGCAAUAAUUGAACAAAAGAAUCCUGGCAUAUUUCUAACACUAAUGGCAAUUUACCUUCGGUAUUUAUUUUCAGUAGUAAAGACCCAGCUUGAAUGUAAAUUUUGUAUAGUGUAAGUAUGAAGAACAUAGUGCAACUGUACAGGUAGUCACCAGUUAUUGUGAUAUAAUAAAUAAUUGGGCUAUUUUGAUGAAGAAAACUGUUCAUUUGUUUCUACUUUCUAAUAGAAAUUGCCACGAUUCCUCUGCUUUUUGACAUUUCGUAUGACUUUUUUCGGGUGGGAAUAAAAAGCUGUGAAAUUGUUCAACCUACUUUGUAACCAAAGAAGCAAAGCUGUGUAAUGGAGUUUUGUUUGUUUUCUUUUUUUUUUAUAAUGCACAUUCUUUAUGUAUUUUUAUUUAGUGUUUUCUCGGUCACAAUUUUCUUUGCUGUCUAGCAUGAUCUGCAUGACCUAUAAUCUUUGAACCACUUUCGUACCUCAUGUUUUUAUCCAGCACUCUUAUUGUAAUAUGUACUAGUCUGUGAACAAUGUCAAAUAAAAAAGAACGAACAGGUAGUGUGGUGGAGCUGAGCUAGUGUAUUAUACACUAGUUGUAAAAAUAAAAAUGAAGUGAGCCAUCUUUUGUUCAUUUAAAAUGGUGUUUUGAAUUUCGUAUGCAGAAAACGUUUUGUUACAUUGCAGAUUUUAAUGUAUUUAAUAAAUGCAACAUGCAGAUUAAGUGCAGUGUAUACUGAGUAUUUAAAUUAAAAUGUACAUUUCAUAAAUACAGUUUCAAGA